AUGUCUAUCGCUUUACGAGGUGCUCGUCUUCUUACAGCGCGUGGUAUUCGUGCCAUUCAAUCCCGUGGAUAUUCAGAUGAGAUGAGUUUCACGUUAGCUGCUGCAAACAAAGUUUUCUAUGACAACGUUAGUGUAAGACAAGUCGAUGUUCCAUCAUUUAGCGGUGCAUUCGGUAUUUUGCCAAAACACGUACCAACAUUAGCUGUCUUAAAGCCCGGUGUUGUCACAGUCUACGAGAAUGACGGAUCACAGAAGAAAGUAUUCGUAUCAAGUGGAACAGUUACUGUAAAUGAGGAUUCAUCAGUUCAAGUACUUGCUGAGGAGGCACAACCACUCGAUCUUAUUGAUGCUAGUGCCGCCCGUGAAGUCCUUUCAAAAUCACAGUCUGAACUAGCAUCAGCAUCAACUGACAAGGCUCGCGCUGAAGCUGCCAUUGCUGUUGAAGUUGCAGAGGCAAUUGUCAAAGCUGCUGAAUAAGUUCGAUAAAUUAUCGUUAAAUUUAGGUUCCAUACUAUCCCUUUCCAAAAGUAAUAAACAAGUUUAAAGAAUUGCAUCCUGUAAUGAGGAUAUCUACAUCUAUCGUAAAGACCGACAU